CUAUCUCCUUCUCCUGCACGAGCCAAACACAAGAAUUCAGCUGUACAACCUGAUCAAUCUUACACAAGAAUUCAGCCAUAGCUAGCCCUGAUCGAUCCAAUUCUGAGUUCUUGACCGACAACCAUGGCGUCCAUGACCGCCGUCGCCGCCGUCCUGCUCCUGGUCUUCUUGCUGCUGACAUCGUCGGCUCCGUUCUUGCAAGCCAGGAUGAUGCCGGGAGACGGCGGGGAGAUUGUUCAGGAGGCCGUGACGAUGAUGAUGGGAUCCUCUGCCGGCGCCGCCGCCGCCGCCGUCGCAGGAAGAAGAAGCACGGCGUCGUCCUCGCCGCCGGAGGAGGAGAUGCUGCUCCCGAGGAGACCACCUCUGCCGCUGUCGCCGCCGGCGGCGACCACCGGAGCUCGCAGCAGCAGGAUGCUCGGGUCGGUGCCCAGCCCCGGCGUUGGCCACUAGCGGGACGACGCCGGCUGAUCUAUAGUUAGUUAAUACAGUAGAUUCAGAGUGUCCCUUUUUUUUAUACAUAUUUGACUUUCUUUAAAAUAUUUAUGUAAAUAUUAUUUUUUAGUUGUUUUAUAAAAUAUAGUUUAAGUAUGAUGUAUUUGUAGGAAAAAGUUAAAUAGGAGGAAUGAUCAAACAUGUGUUUAAAGACGUUAUUUAUUUAAAAAAGAGAGGGAGUAUAUAUAUAUAUCUUGUGAAACUCUAAAGGUUAGAAAUUCGCAAGAUUUUAUCUCAA